AUUGUUUGAAUUCCCCGAUAUUGCAAUGAAUAGUUGCAGUAUUGUUUUAUCGAAUUCCAACCAUUCCCUCCUGCUGCCAAGCUAGCUACCUCAUCACCUCCAUUAUAUGUGCAUAGUAUCCAUCCUUAUUCAGCAUAGUACUAGAAAAAAGAUAAGGUUAAAGGCCAACCAACCCCCCAUUCCCCAAACAAAACACACAAAGGUAGUGUUGUUGGAAAUCAUGUCCAUGCUUCCUUAAAUACAGUUUUCUUCUUUUCCAUAGCUUUUCCCUUUCAGUGCUUCAACUCCCCAAAAAGACUCUUCACUUUCUGCUGUUUAAAACACACUUGUUUGUUUCUUCUAUAGCCCCCCAAAAGCCUAUUCUUCCAAUUCCUUCCAUCUCCAUGGCCCAACAUGCAGCUUUUAUGAUCGAUUGAUCGCCGCCGUUUGAUCAUUAUAUUCCUCAGCUCCGCCGACGAAUCUUGGGUUUUCUUGAUAAGUUUUUGCCGAUGUUUUUGGGUUCAAACGCGGCAAUGAGCGGUGGAGGUUCGGCGACUCUGCCGGAUCUUUCUUUGCAGAUCAGCCCGCCGUCGAUUUCUAGCUUUGAGUUGCUUAGACAGCGCGACGGAAUGGCGACGAAUAAAUCGUCGCCGUCGUUCUGUAAUAUUAAUACCGACCGGAGCUCCAGCAUGGAUUCCGGCAGCAGCGGCGGAAGCGAUUUGAGCCACGAGCAUAACGGCGGCGUUAGUUUCUUCCCUCCUGGGUACCAACGGUCUGUGGAGCUGAGCUUGAGUCGUCGAGGGUUUGAGCUGGCGGCGGCGGCGGCGGCGGUGGGGUUGAGCAGCCCGCUAUCCGUACAGCUUCAGAGAAACAGCGGCCUUGAGCUGCCGCAGCACCGCCACAAUUUCCAGCCUCAGAUAUUCGGCGGCCGGGAUUUUAAACGGAGCGGGAGGAUGAUCGGAGGAAUGAAGCGCAGCGUUAGAGCUCCGAGAAUGAGAUGGACUUCCACUCUCCACGCCCAUUUCGUUCACGCCGUUCAACUCCUCGGCGGCCAUGAACGAGCAACGCCGAAAUCCGUUCUGGAGUUGAUGAAUGUCAAAGAUCUUACCCUAGCUCAUGUGAAAAGUCACUUACAGAUGUACAGAACAGUGAAGAGCACUGACAAAGCACCAGGCGCUUUACAGCAGUCUUGUGAGAAGGCAGAAGACAUGAUAUCAACGCCACCAUCAUCACUACAAACCACCACACCAAGAAAUGCUCAGAGAGCUUCUUGGCCGCCAUCCUUGCCGGAACCAAACCCCCUUUUCCAUCCUCAUCUCCGACAGAAUCAUGCCGCCGAGAUGGAUGGACGAGAUGAUGGCACGGGUCGUGAGUUGUGUGAGAUGAAGGGGAAGUUCGAUAGGCUUAGCAGCUCAUCCUUGUCAUCUUCUUCAGACACUUUUGUUAAUCUUGAGUUUACACUAUGAAAGCCGCCAUGGAAGAUCUGAAAUGGAUCAUAUAUGAAUAGAUGGAUAUAUAUAUAUGCAGGAUAGAUCCUGGAAUGAUCUGAUCUGAUCUCCGCUGCCUAACCCUAGCUAGCUCUUCAAGUGUUAGAGAGGCUACAUAAUUACUUUGACCCCCAGUUUUUCUUCUGUAACUGCAUGCAUGGAAGGAAUCUUCAAGACUGGAUUCUUAAAUUUUUGUCUGGUUCAUAGAAGAUGUCGAAUGAAUCGAAUAAAAUAUAAAUGCCGCAUGCAUGUAAGUUAAUAUGGACGAAUUAGGUGACUAUUAGCUAUGCUAA